AGGCCAAUCCAUAAGUGGUAAAGAUUCCGGAUCAUAUUCACACUGGUUUCUGUGCUUAGUCCAUGAGGAACUUGGAAAUGGAGAAUGAGAUUGGAACCAAGAACUUUUCAGGGCAUGUGGGAGUUGUGCCGUACUCCACUCUCGGCCAUACCAAUCCCCUGCUUCAAUUUGCUAUAACCACUGUUGUAUGCUUCCUAGAUGCUUCAUCUUAAUAAAAAUAUUUAUGUCAACAUUUUGUGCCAACUCUUCUGGAUUGUUUGUGAUAGCAACAUUUCUUCACUUUGCAUUGUUUAGGGCAACCAAUGCUCUACUUGCACAGAAACUCAGGCCAGUAACAACUAAUUACUCUCCUUCUACGACCCAUACAAAAGAAACACUAAUAGAGAACUCUAGAUCCCAUAUGUGAAGAAAAAUUGUUGUAACAUGAAUUCUUCUAUUGUCAUCCUGAAUAAAUUUACAGAAUUUAAUGCCCUUUCCCCUGUCCUUAGUUUCAUUAUAGAUGUUCUGUCCAUUUUUACUAAGGAAAACAGAUAAUAGCCUUUAGACAUUACGUGGCAGGACAACAUCCUUUGGCUCAAAUAUCACAACUGUCCAUGAGCAGUUUGGAAAUGGAGAAUGAGAUUGGAAGGAAGAAAUUUUCAGGGCACGUUGUGGUGGUGCCCUACUCCACCCUUGGCCACACCAAUCCCAUGCUUCAAUUCGCCAAAAAUCUGGCUUCCAAGGGCUUGCUCGUCUCCUUCGUAAGCCUCCAUUAUGAUCAUACCAGAAUUGAAAAGGCCAGAGAAUACCUCAAUCGCCUCAGCCUGGCCGUUCCGGGCCUUGUUCGAUUGGAAUGGAUUCCCGAUGAGAUUCCUCCUGAGGUGCCCAUCGACCGCCACAUCAACGAUUUCCUCUUCUAUCACAUGCACCACACCAUGACAGGUCAUGGGCUCGAAUCCCUCCUCCUCCGUUUCAAUGCCUCCGCCAAUCCUGUAUCCUGCGUCGUCUACGAUUCCUUCCUUCCCUGGGUUCCAAAAAUUGCAGCCAAGCUCAGCGUUCCCCAUGCCUUCUUCUGGACGCAGUCUGCCUCAGUUUUCUCUCUUUACCACCACUUCAAGACCGUUGAAAAGUGGCACGGUGAAGGAAAUUUUCCAGAGAGCUUCAAUGUUCCGUGUCUGGGCGAAUUCAAUAUUAGGGAUUUACCUUCGAAAUUUCACCGUGUCGGAGGAGCCCUCGACUUCUUCGGAGAUCUGGACUAUGUAACCGACGCUUCCUGGGUGCUCAUUAAUUCCUUCGACGAGCUCGAACACAGAGUGCUGGAUUACUUGAGCAGAUUAGUGAGAGCGCCUAUUUUAACAGUGGGACCUUCCAUACCCUCGGCUUUUCUGGAGGGAGGCAAUCCGGAGGACAAGCAGGUGGGAGAGGGCUCAGAACCUUGGGAAGUGCCGGAAUUCAUAAGUAAAUGGCUGGAUAGCAAACCCCCGCUUUCAGUUAUUUAUGUUUCCUUCGGCAGCAUAACCUCAAUUAGCCCUAAUCAGAUCCGGGAAAUUGCAGAGGGGCUUGAGAGAAGCCAACAAAGCUUUUUGUGGGUCAUCAGGCCUCCCAAAGGCCACCAAGAUCUCAAUCCAUUGUUGCCUCCAGGAUUUCUGGAGAGAAUCCAAGAAAGGGGUUUAAUGGUGGAGUGGUGUGUUCAGCUGGAAGUGCUGUCACAUCCAUCUAUGGGGGUGUUUAUGAGCCACUGCGGUUGGAAUUCCACACUGGAUGCUCUCAGCUCGGGUGUUCCCAUGCUCACUCUGGAGAUUUGGACGGAUCAGCCCCCUAACGCCAAAUGUGUGGCGGACGUUUGGAAAAUAGGGCGCAGAAUGAAGAAGGGGGAAGAUGGGGUUGUGGGGAUGCAGGAGAUUGAGAGAUGUGUGAGAUCGGGGAUGGAGGGUGGGGAAGAAUUUGCAGAGUUGAGGAAGAAUAGCCUGAGAUGGAAGGAGGCGGCAGCCCGGGCUAUGAGGCCCGGCGGUUCUUCCGAUGCAAAUCUUUCUCGCUUUACUCGAGAGCUUGCGGCAAUUGCAGCAUAAAUUAUAAGAUUUCAGAAGGCUGUUCUUGUUGUUCCCCAGAAAGAAUUUUGGAGCAACUAGAGACUGCAACGCAUGAAUGGUGGUCUGUCUGUUCUUAUUUUUUAAUUAAUUAAUAAAUGUCGUUAAAGGUGUAUUC